AAUGAAAGAACCAUUGGACGCGGGCACACUUAAAGGCCCAGAGCUAAGCUUUCUGCAGAGCACUGGUUCAGACUUCGGAGUCGAAUGGCGGGAAAACUUGGCGCCCUAAGAUCUUUCCCGUCUCUUCCUCUAUAUAACCCCGCCCUUCCAUCUUCUUCGCCUCGCCUUAUACCAUUUUCCUCGCGGACAGCGCCGCCUCUGUUUGCUGCACGAUUCCUUGCUUUCGCAUAUCUUAAACCAGAUUUCCUAUCAUUGGGUCUGGCUAGCUGCCUCAUACCAUUUUCCUUCCCAAAUUUUGCUCAUCGUCAUCAUAUAAUGGCUCAAACAGAGAUGCAAAGCAAUGGCUGUGAGGUCAUGGAGCCUUCUCCCAAGAUCCAAAAGGUGGAACACGACGGUGUCGCCGAAAAUCCUCAAGCCUUUGUGCCUUAUUUUCGAGUGAAGAAGCUCUCUGACAAGGCCAUUUUGCCUUCUAGGGCUUCCUCCCUCUCCGCCGGUUACGAUCUAUCUAGCGCGGUUGAGACGAAGGUGCCAGCAAGAGGAAAGGCUCUGGUCGCAACUGAUCUGAGUAUAGCGAUCCCCGAAGGAACCUAUGCUCGUAUAGCACCACGUUCGGGUUUGGCUUGGAAGCACUCAAUCGACGUGGGUGCGGGUGUGAUCGACGCCGAUUACAGGGGACCAGUUGGAGUGGUAUUGUUCAACCAUGCGGACGCUGAUUUUGAAGUGAAGGUUGGAGACAGGAUUGCGCAGUUGAUAAUUGAGAAGAUCGUGACGCCUGAGGUUGAGGAGGUUGAAAAUCUGGAUUCCACUGCCAGAGGCGAAGGCGGUUUCGGAUCUACCGGUGUCUGAUCAUCUUGUUUGGGAAAAUUAGGCUUAGAGGCGUAGCUGGGAAAUAGUAAUUUUGUGGAAUAGGUACUGAUCGGCUUGUUUAUGCUCUUACCUGCAUACUGACGGCGCUGUAAAAACGAUGUUUGCUACUAGAUUUACCAGCUAAUUCUAGUUUCGGGGCAAGUGGUAUCUUAAUCCAAGCGGAAGAAAAAUCAGAGGAACAAAGGAAACAUAGGACAGUUUUGUUAAUGCUAAGCAUCUUUAGUAGGAAAACUAGUACUCUAUCAACAAUCAUUAAUGAGCAUUUGGUUUUCGGUCU